AUGCGCGCGUCCGCGGACGCCGAGCGCGUGCGACGGUUACAGAACGGCUCGGAUGUUCGAGGGGUCGCCAUGGAUGGGGUCGAGGGCGAGGCGGUGACGCUGGACGCGACGACGGCGCGGGCGAUCGGGACGGCGUUCGCCGAGUGGUUGGCGCGGGACGAAUCGAGCGCGCAGGGGAAGACGAUCGGUGUCGGACGAGAUCCGCGAUUGAGCGGUGAAGCGUUGAGGGAUGGAAUGUUCGCGGGGAUGGUCGAAGCGGGGGCGACGGUGGUGGACAUGGGAUUGGCGACGACGCCGGCGUGCUUCAUGUCUUGCGUGACGGAGGGCGUCGAGUACGACGGAGCCGUCAUGCUCACCGCGUCGCACCUGCCGUUCAAUCGAAACGGGAUGAAGUUUUUCACAAAACAUGGGGGACUGGAUAAGCCCGAUAUCAAGGAGAUCUGCGCGCGGGCGGCGGAGCUCGUGGAGGCGGGCGGCGGGGACGCAAAGGCACCCGCGGGCGUGACGUCUGCGCCGUUCUUACCGACGUACGCGGUGCAGCUGUGCGAGAUCAUUCGAAAGGGCGUGAACUCGAAGGAUAACUACGAGAAACCGCUGAGCGGGAUGAAGAUCGUCGUCGACGCGGGAAACGGGAGCGGCGGUUUCUUCGUCGAUAUGGUUCUCAACCAACUCGGCGCAGACACAACCGGGUCGCAGUUCUUGGAUCCGGACGGUAACUUCCCGAAUCACAGCCCGAACCCGGAGGAUAAGGCUGCGAUGGAAGCUGGUGUGCGAGCCGUCUUGAACGCCAAGGCUGACCUCGGGAUCGUUUUCGACACCGACGUCGAUCGAAGCGCCGUAAUUGACGCGUCGGGAAAAGAAAUCAACCGCAACAAGCUCAUCGCCUUGCUCUCAGAGAUCGUGCUCAAGGAAACGCCAGGGUCGACAAUCGUCACGGACAGUGUUACGAGCGAUGGUUUACACAAAUUCAUCAUUGACAAGGGCGGGAAGCAUCUUCGAUUCAUGCGAGGAUACAAGAACGUCAUCAAUAAGGGCAAGGAGCUCAACGCGUCCGGCGUCGACACGCCGCUUAUGAUUGAAACAAGUGGGCACGGAGCGAUGCGCGAGAAUUAUGAUUUGGAUGACGGUGCGUACUUGGCGGUGAAGAUUAUCAUCGAGGCUGUGCGCAGGCGGAACGCAAAGGAACCGUCGAUUGGGCAAGUUCUCGAAUCGCUCGAAGAGCCCUUGGAGGAAGCCGAGGUGCGGCUGAAAAUCUCGGACCCCGACUUCAAGGAGUACGGUCUAAACGUCAUCGAAAGUCUCCUCGCCGAGGUCAACGAUACGGUAGAGCACUCCUCGUUUGGAAAGUGUCGACCAGCUGAGGAUAACUACGAGGGACUCCGCGUUUGCGUCGACGAAGGCAACGGUAAGCAAGGAUGGUUCUUACUUCGCUGUUCCCUUCACGAUCCAGUAAUGGUGCUCAACUUCGAAUCUCAGGUCGAAGGCGGCGUGCGAGUGAUGGCGGAGGAGUUCGGGACAUGGAUCCUCGAUCAAAACUACGACAAACUCGACUGCUCGAGCGUACACGAGCUCUAUAGCAACUGA